GGUGGAACAGUCCUGUAAUGAGUAGCUACAAGAGAGACGAGCGAUAGAAAGAGAAAUAUAACGAGGCCAAAACAAUCCCGAGAAGGGCAGAUGAUUUGGUGAAAUUGAGAGAUACAGCCACAGUUCUGGUUCAGGGAGACGUUGGAAUGGAGAGGACAAUGGAGAGGAAUAUUUUUUUUCCUGCUUCUCUUGACACCCUCAGGAGAGAGCCUCCUGUGCAGAGUGGAGAAAGCGGAAUGAAACAGGAGAUAAUCACACUCCACUUCACUUUGGCCUCUGAAUCUGUGCUGUAAUGACUAGAUGACUUGGAUUGCUGUUUAAAUGUUUGUUUUCUGAGCCUUUCUAUAGCGAAAUAGCUUCAACUUUCUGCUCUCCACAUUUUUUUUUCUGAAUGACGUACCAACGUGGUCGGACCUCAGCUUCACGUCUCCAUUUCUGCCGGUGCAGGAGGAAUGUCGGGAUGCUCUAAUGGCUAAUUGAGCCGAGCUCGAUUGCUGCUCCUGUCGUUACUCUGUAGGCCUGUGGGACUGGUGGAAAAGCCUAGCCCUCGCUUGUCUGGAGCGCCUCGCUGCACGACUGAGACGACGGGCCGACGGGUGGAGAAGACGGCGUUGGACGAGGAUGAGGAGCACCGUUAGCACACUUGCCCAAGGGAAAGAGCACGUAUGACAUCUGUCUUCAUCGCUGCAGACUCAUCACCGAAGCUUAAAUUUCCUCUACAUCAUAUAUGAUGCCUGUAAGGCCUUCCUGUCAUUCCUAAGAGGAAACUGGUUUUCACAAUUGGAGGCGAGGAAGUCAGGGGCCUGUGCCUCCCUGAUACCUGAUCCAAACAAGGCCUCCUCCCUACUUGCUACUUCUGAGUAAACUAGGCCUUUGCAUUUCUUUUUCUCGACAUUCUAAGGAUUUGCCUAAACCUGUUUCAUGCAUGUCCACUGGAGGCAGGUUUGACUUUGAUGAUGGGGGGUCGUACUGUGGGGGGUGGGAGCAGGGAAAAGCCCAUGGCAGAGGGGUCUGCACGGGGCCACAGGGACAGGGUGAGUACGCAGGGGCAUGGAGUCACGGCUUUGAGGUCCUGGGCGUGUACACAUGGCCCAGUGGGAAUAGCUAUCAGGGCACCUGGGCACAGGGCAAGCGGCAUGGCAUCGGAGUGGAAAGCAAGGGCCGCUGGGAUUAUAGAGGGGAAUGGACGCAAGGGUUUAAAGGUCGCUACGGACAGUUGGAGAGCACAGCCAGUGGUGCCCGCUAUGAGGGGACAUGGAGCAACAGCCUCCAGGAUGGAUACGGAACUGAAACCUACUCUGAUGGAGGAACCUACCAGGGCCAGUGGCUGGGUGGAAUGCGUCAUGGUUACGGUGUGCGCCAGAGCGUGCCAUAUGGCAUGGCGGCCGUCAUCCUCUUCCCUCUACGAACAUCCAUAAACUCUCUCCGUUCUGAGCACAGUCAUGGCCCCCCGGCUGUGCUUGAGGAUGGCGUUGCCAAUACACCCACAGAUGGGGUGAUAGCUGGGCUAGCUGGCAGCCCUGUGGGCCGAGGAGGGUUUGCUCUAACUGCUCCAAGUGAGGCCGAGCGCCAGAGAAAGAGGAAAGGUCGUUUCCGCCAGUCCAUCCUGAGCGGCCUAAAGCUACGACGCUCAGAAUCCAAAAGUUCACUUGCCAGUCAGCUGAGCAAGCAAAGUUCCUUCUGCAGCGAGGCUGGCAUUAGUACGGUCAGCUCGGCUGCGUCCGACAUCCACUCCAAUGCUAGUGAGAAUGAACAAGGAAGUCCUGUGGAUGCAACUGUGACAGAAAUGUAUGCAGGUGAGUGGCGAAGCGACCACAGGGCUGGCUGGGGGGUGAGUCGACGCACGGAUGGCCUUCACUACACAGGUGAAUGGGCAGGGAACAAGAGGCAUGGGUACGGAUGCACUACCUUUCCUGAUGGCACCAAGGAGGAGGGAAAGUACAAGCAGAACGUGUUGGUGAGCGGCAAGCGCAAGAACCUGAUUCCACUGAGGGCCAGUAAAAUCAGAGAGAAGGUGGACCGAGCUGUUGAAGCUGCAGAAAAGGCUGCGGAAAUUGCCAAGCAGAAAGCUGAGAUUGCCAUGUCAAGAAUGAGCCACGCUCGUGGAAAGGCAGAGGCGGCUGAGGGAGUUGCGCAGAAGGCCAUGGAAGAAUGUCGACUGUCCCGGAUAGCUGCCAAAGAGCUCUCACCCUCCUUUCACAUCUACGGCAAUGGGCUCGAAUGUCAGAACACCCAGCACCAGAACGCAAAGGACAAAGACCACGAGAUCAUCUCCACCGGAACAGACAGUCCAGAGCUGUGUACUCCGGACAUGACAUCACCUGUAAUAACCCCAGAUCUCAGCCCUGUGCUGAGUGUCCCCAUCUGUCCAACCCGCAGCCCACCCAAUCAUCUCCAUCGUCCCAGAAACGCUUGCUUCAUGAGACAAAGUGCCGUGGAUGAUCAGGGCAAGUCAGAGAUCCAGGUUCUGGUUGAGUCACGUGGUGGUAUGGACCUGCUGAAAGGGGGUGCUAACGAUUGGGCGGAUGACAUGUACCCAGAUCGAGUAUGUAGCAGCCGUUCGACAACACCUUCUUUACUAGAAGAACAGGAGGGACAAAUUAAUGGCCACGAUCCAGUCCCUUUGUCCAACCACAAGCUACACAGAGCAUGGGAGCACUCUGUGUCCAACCAAAAGUCCUCCAAGCAUGUCUCUUCCAAUCACAAGUCAAGGGAGUACACAUCAUCCAAUCAUAAAACACGGGAUCAUUCUUCUAAAAACCACAAGGCCUGUGAGCAUGCCUCUUCCAACUAUAGGCAGGUGCAAAGUUUAUCCAAUCACAUGGCCUUGGAACAUAACAUGUCCAAUCACAAGACUUCUGCGCAUGCUUCCUCCAAUCACAACCCCAAUGACCAUGUUGCCUCCAGUUACAACUUUCGAGAGCAUGUCUUCUCCAAUCACCACCUAAAGCAGCACAAUCCCUCCAACCACAAGUCUAGUGAGCAUGCUGUAUUUGACCAAAGGCAAGAUGGCCUCACCGAGGGUUGGACUGCAGAAAGCACCCUUAGGUGGAGCCCCGCCCACUCACGCCUCACAGAGCAGGAUGAGGAAAGAAUGAAUGAAUACACAGUAGACAUGAGGCUUCAGUGUCAGGAAUCGCAGGUAUCUCGGGGGUUGGCUCAGGAAUCGCCGGCCCCCCAAAACAACAGACUGCGAUCCCGAGGCCUGAGGCCAGUCAGAGAGGGAUCCGUGGAUUCUGUCCAAAUGCUGGACAAUUUAAGUGUGGGCGCAGAGCUGGAGGACUGGCCGCUGCAUAGGGACCUCACCCUCUCCCCACCACUUCAGUCUCAGCCAAUCGCUCUGGAACAGGAAGGAGAGCUUCUCACCCUCAAAUCAAACUCAGGCUCCAGCUCCAUUCUGGUGGUUAUGGUCAUCUUACUCAAUAUUGGAGUAGCCAUUCUUUUUAUUCAUUUCUUUAUUUAAGCUAAAACAGAGUCCACAGCCUGAAUGACGGACACAGAGCCUUAGUGAAGAGGCCCAUCAUUACAGUUUCUGCAUGAUCGCCAUUCCUUUUAAUCUUUUAUUUUGAGCUUGCAACCAUUAAAAGAUGACUCAAUAAAAUUCACAAUAAAGUGAAGAUCGCAGCUUUACCUGAAUGUGGCAUUUUUGGACACAUAUGCAUGGGUGUCCACUGCAUAUUGUUACAUCGGCUGUCACAGGCUGAUUUGGUCCACUUUCCACCAGUCAAGGAAAAGAAAAAGAAAGCCGUUUAUCAUGUAACAUGCUAACCAAGAACAUGAAACUUCCACUACAUUCUGCACUGCACAUAAAAACAAACAUUUUGUCUUUUUCGAUCUUGGUCCAAUUUAUUAAUAUCAUACCCCUAUUCGCACUAUGCGCUACAUACAGAAUUAUGCUGCAAGAGUAGAUCCAUUUAAAGGGCUAGGCCAUUAUUUAUUGACUUAUUUAAUUUAUUCCAAACCCACUUGAAACUUUUGCAGGAGGCUGUGUGGGGUGUCAAAAUGCAUUGUCAAUCCCUUUAACAUGACUAUUCUGUCUUCAUUCGUUCGGACUCCAUCCUAGUGAUCACUUCUCGGUGCACUUGUUUGACGUCGCCACACUCCACACAACCAAAUCUUUGGAUCUAGAAGAAGAAAAAAAAAUCGUUCAUGUAUGAUUUGUGAACUUUUUUAUGUCACCGACAUAUUGCAAGACCCACAUUUAUACUCAAGCAACUUUUUUGGCAAAGAGAAUUUUUUAUGUCAGCACUCCUUGUACAUCAACACACAUUCGAUACAAUUAACUGCUGACAUACGGAGAAGAAUUCAGCAUUGUCUGUUUGUACAGCCUCCAGACUGUUAUGUUAUGACCACUAAUUAUAUUAUAAUAUGUGUAUGUGUCAUUAUUAUUCCAAUUUGACACAUUUUGUGAGCCAGAGAGAAUGCAGAGUGCCUCACAUUAAUUCAGUUUCCCUCUCAAAUUAAUUUCACUGUAAACUGCGACAAAACACAGGAUGAUUCCAGGCUAAGAGGAAACAAAUAACCUUCAACACAACUCACACACUCCCCACUUAACCAGGAAUGGCAUGCACUGUUUUGACUGUCUCUUCGUCGCCCUUUGCUCAAAAUGGGAAGGUGGGAUUUCUACAGUGUCAUUUCCUGACACUUUUUGGGCCGGUUGAGAUUUUUCCGCAUGUUUGUUCAGCCUGCUCAAUCUGGUGUCACUUUGUAAAGUCUCUCCUUCUCGUCUCUUUUAUUAAGUAACAAUAGGCUACACGAGACAUGGAGAGCAGUGUAAAAUAAAUGCUAGCUUUUAACUCUCAGUGGAUACUGAAAUGUCCUGAGUUUAUGAAUGACAUGAAAACGAACUCUCUACUAUUAUAUGUUUUAUACUUCGCACCCAGUGGCAUCAUCAUGUUGUGAAACCAUUGCAUGCCCGAGCAUGCUCUUUCUUACGCUUUGGUUUAUGAGGUUGUUAA